AUGACUCCCGCUUCGGAACACGAAGAUGCGAUUGCGCAAGAACUCCAAGCCCCGGCGCAUCCUUUGGACCAGAAGCGCCGCCGUACCAUGACGUCGACCGAUGAAAUAGACAGCACCAUCAUCCGCCCUGGCAGUGUCAGAAUUAAUGUCAAAGGCGCUUUCAUCGUCGAUCCCGAUACAGCGACGCCAGCCUCUACCUCUGGCGCCAGCGCGGGCGGUGCUACAUCUCAUAACGGCCGAAUGAGCCCGACACACCCCGAAACGAGCGACAUCCGGUUACCAUACCACACUGCGAUUGUGAGCCAUAUUGCGAUUGACAUUGGCGGAUCGCUUAUAAAGCUCGUUUACUUCUCUCGCGAAGUUGAUUCUACGGAUCCUGGCGGCCGACUGAACUUUCAAAGCUUCGAAACAGAUCGCAUUGAUGACUGUGUGGAGUUCAUGCGGCAUCUGCGUGAUAACCAACUAGUCAAUGGCUCACAACCGGGAGAGUUAUGUGUAAUGGCGACUGGUGGUGGCGCGUACAAGUAUUAUGACAAAAUUCGAGCCGCACUCGAAGUGGAUGUGUCACAGGAGGAUGAGAUGGAAUGUCUCAUCAUUGGACUUGACUUCUUUAUAACCGAGAUUCCACGCGAGGUCUUUACCUACUCCGAAACAGAUCCCAUGCACUUCGUCGUACCGCAGGAUAAUAUAUAUCCUUAUCUGCUUGUAAAUAUCGGCUCAGGUGUCUCGUUCCUGAAAGUUACUGGGCCGCGAUCAUAUCAGCGAGUAGGAGGUACAUCGCUUGGUGGUGGUACUCUCUGGGGUCUUUUGUCUCUGCUCACCGGCGCGCGAACUUUUGACGAGAUGCUUGAACAAGCCGCUCAUGGUGACAACGCCAACGUCGAUAUGCUAGUUGGCGACAUCUAUGGAACAGACUAUGGCAAGAUAGGACUCAAGAGCACAACAAUCGCUUCGUCCUUUGGUAAAGUCUUUCGUAUGAAGAGAGAGGCCGAAUCAGCAGCCGAAGAUGGCAGAUCUGCUACGCCGGAAGACGCAUCCUUCAACAGCGCAGACGUUUCGCGAUCUCUACUUUACGCAAUCUCAAACAAUAUUGGACAGAUCGCCUACCUGCAGUCCCAAAUUCACAAUCUAUCCAAUAUUUAUUUCGGUGGUUCUUUCAUCAGAGGCCAUCGUCAGACCAUUAACACACUAAGCUAUGCCAUCAAGUUCUGGAGUAAGGGGGAGAAGCAGGCUUACUUCCUCCGUCAUGAGGGUUAUCUCGGAGCAGUUGGCGCAUUCCUCAAAAGGAAGCCCAAGAACUGGGGCCGCAAAGGAAGUCUUGAGGGCAUGGAUGACCUUGCUGAGUUACGGAGAAAUCUCCGCGAAGGGGCACCCAACUCCAGUACAUCAUAG